CUGACAGGGUUACAAACAUGGUAAAGAACGCAGCUAUGGUAGCUCCGUUCUGUUUCCGAUUCGGAGAUUGAUUCAGUUACCGGCGGUCUCUAAUUCGCUUGGUGCAGGUCGGGAACUGAUUGGCUGGCCUUGUGGUUUUGGCCAGAUGGCGGGAGGUGACUGGCGGAAGCGAAUUGGAUCCCGCCUUGCAUCAACUGAAUCGGAGACCGCGGUGAAGGUUGCAUGGAUCUAUCGUUUUUCUCUCCGAUUGUGUUCAGAUCUCAGGCCGAGGUUUCGGUUGAUUGCUUGUUAUUUAUGAUUUGGUUCUAAAUCUAUUAGAUUUACAAGCUUUUUUUGUUCCAUUAGAUCUUUUUCUAUUGUUAUCUUGAAUCUAAUCAAUGAAUUAAUUGUCAUAAUAAAGCUAAGUGAAUUAGUUAUUGAUAGAUCUGGCUUAUUUGAUUGUAUCUUCUGAGAAGUGAUGGAUUUUUGAGGAAAAUAGAUCGAAUGAAAUGAUAAUAGAUUGAGAAUAUUUUCUAUUUUGGAGUUUUCCUGCUUAAAAGCAUCGAGAUUUGAGAUUCGGAAGUGAUUUAUAUGUCAGGAUAUGGAAACAGUAGAAAUAAUUUGUGUUCUGUUUGGUUUCUAGAAAUUGAUUUCCAGAAAAUAGUAUCAUGACUCGCUAUAUAUAUAUGUUAGUGAUCCAAAAAGGAUAUUCCUUUUCAUUUUCGGUAAAGAUCUAGCCUUUAUGAUGGGAGCCGCUGUUUUCCGGUUGCCCUAGGGUUGGAAAAGAUGGAAUAUAGGGGUUUAACUAUUUUAGUAUACCUUUAAUGUAAAUGAGGGAGUAGUACUGUAGUAUGGUUAAGCUAUCCCCCUGAGGGAAUUCUGUUACCUGUUUUGUUUCUGGAGAAUACAAAUCACAAUUACCAAAUCUUUCUACUCUGUUGAAUAUCACAACGGGUGGUGGCUGGUACAGCCAACUGCUAACGGCAGUUUGUCUCCCCAGGCUUUGGUAUUGAUUUUAGUAUAUCUAAUAUUGAAGUUAUCUGGAUCUGUUAGUUUCUUCAGAUUGUAUUCAUCUGAACGUCUCCUCUUUCCAGUAAUGUGUAUCUAUGCCUUCUGCUUCUGGUUUUGGUGAAAAAGGUAAGCUCUGUACUUGCCUUUCUUUCUUCUUCUUCUUCUAAAUAACCAUCUCUCAUCUAAGUUUGAAAUUUAAUUUAAAGGGUGCCAAGUUUGGUUUUCUUCUGUUAGAUUGGAUUUAAUAAGUUCACAUGCUUAUU